GCCAACACGGCAGAAGAUCCGGGUCUAACCGCCUCAACCCACCCCGUUUGCCUCACCGAUGGUGUGACCCAUUAUUCGUACGGUCGAUUGGUGCAAGGGGAAGAUUAUCGCUCUGCUCGUGGUAUUUAUGGCCUGAAUGUAUCAGAGAAGAUCCGAAUGGCUGCCCAUGGCUACUCUCCUUGGUUUGCUCCCGGCACUGUGGAGAAGCUUACCCCGCGUCGCGUUGAUGAAAGGCGGUCUUGACUCUGUCGGGUUUACCCAAAAAGCUGAAUACUCAGAGGUUUGGCAGCGAGAUGUCAACAUUCAGUUGUCAGCCGCCCACGUUGACUCUCGGGCCCAGCUGGCGUCGUCCCAAUGUAACUGCCUAUCGCCCUAUUUUUCGAUGCCCAAGUCCCGAUUUCCGAUCGGUUUUGACUUGAGGAGAGACGUUGUCUUUUACCACAGGAACAACUGUGACAGUUGCUCGCUAGAGCACUGGUGUAUGGAUUGUGCAUGAAAAUGUCUUGACAACUAAUAUGUCCAUAUUGCGUUCUGCUUUGCAGAUGUUGUUUCGCCUAAUCUCGGAUGUCUGCGUUGUGUACUGUACUUUUGGGCAGCGACUCUGUAAUUUGGUUGAAGGUACCCUAUGAUGGUACUUCCCUGACAUUGAGGCGCGGGAUAUGUGUAUUUGUCCGACUGCGACUCCGUAACUUGGCUUGAAACCCGUAUGAUUGAUUACUGCGGACCCAUAUACUAUAUGGAAGCGACCCUUCGAGGGUGGCGG